AUGGCAAAAAUCAUUAUGAUAUUAAGCAAAGAUCAUGUUCCAUGAAGAUAUUUUGUACAUUUCCUAAAUUAAAUAUAUCAAAAAAUAAUUUCGAUUAAUACUAUGCAUUGCUAAAAACUUCAUUUGGACAACUUUAAAGGCAGUUUUUUUUCCAAAUUUAGAUUUUUGGUACCCUCAGAUUCCAUAUUUUUUAAUUGUUGUAACCCUCUUGUGCUUGCAUGUAGUGUAAAACACUUCUGUAUGCAUACUAAGUCAAGUGCCUGAGGUCAUCAUUAUGAUGACUUGUACGAGGUUAGGUCAUUCUGUGUGACUUAACCCAGUAAUUUCCCACAGUUGCAUGCGAUGCCAGCCUAGAAAAACACCGAAAUCAGAGGAUGCUCGAGCACGUGCGUGCUUCAUCAUCACGGUCUGAAAUAUUAUAUAAACAAACACAGUUUCAGAACUAUCCAAACACAGACGACGGAACGCUCACUCACUGGCGCUGCCUGGAAAAAAAUCCAAAGUGUUGCUGAGUUCCCGCCCAGAUUUUUGUGGAUAGGAGCGUAAUUUGGAGUUUAGGAUCACAACUCGCAGGAAUCAUAAUGUGUGAAGUGGUGGAGUCCUUUCCCAACUUUCUCAUUGGAAGGUCCUCGUAGACGCCAUCUGCUGUUCAAAAGUGCUCGUGGAGAUUGCGUGGAAAAUGGAUGACAAGUUUGAACCUGGAAUGAAUGUUAUUAUAGUUAACCAUUACAACCACUCGGGCAAGUGGGGAAAACCAAAAAGCACCAAUACAUACAGGACAGGCGUCAUCAUUUGCAUCUGCGCUCUGAUCGUGUUGGAGAACAUCACUGUACUACUGGCACUAUGGCGCAACAAGCGUUUCCACAGCCGCAUGUACUUUCUCAUCGGGAAUCUGGCACUUUCAGACUUGUUAGCUGGAGUGGCGUACGUAGUUAACAUCUUCACCUCUGGCCGCCAAACUUAUUUCCUCAGUACUGGUCAGUGGUUACUGCGAGAGGGGAGCAUGUUUGUGGCGCUCAGCGCUUCCACCUUCAGCUUGCUCGCUAUUGGGAUUGAGCGCCACAUGACGAUGGUUCGUCUACGGCCAUGUGAGACCGCAGGUAGAGGGAGGUUGCUAGCUCUCCUGGGAGCCUGCUGGGCUGUUUCGGUCCUGCUGAGUGCCUUGCCUAGUCUCGGCUGGAACUGUUUGGGCCGAAUCCACACUUGCUCCACUGUCCUACCACUGUACGACAAAAGCUACAUAGCCUUCUGCAUCAGCGUCUUCUCUGCCCUACUAGCGGCAAUCGUGGUGCUAUACGUGCGCAUCUACCUGCUAGUGACGUCCAGCGGGCGUAGAGUGAGUUCCCGGCCAUCGGAUCGCUCACUCGUACUUCUGCGCACGGUGGUGAUAGUACUGGGAGUUUUUGUGGCUUGUUGGGCUCCACUUUUCCUGCUGUUGCUGCUGGAUGUGGGAUGCAGUCCAGAGCGGUGCCCGGUUCUCUAUAAAGUGGACUGGUUCAUCGCUCCGGCCGUGCUCAACUCCGCCCUCAACCCCCUCAUCUACACACUUUCCAGUCGUGAGAUGCGGGCCGCCUUCAUCCGCGUGUUAUGCUGCUGUUGCUGUCCAACACAGCUGGACUCUAUACCCACGGUGGCAGGGGCGGCACUCCCGGGAACUGUCAUCCCCACAGCAGAGAACAGCAAAUCAAGCAUGGCCGUGGCGUCAAGUGCUGCUGCUAAGUCCUCCAUGAUGCGAGGGAAAGUUCCCACCCCGUCAAACUCCCACCAUCAGCAUGGGGACACGUCGCCACCGGCUGUCACGCACUCCUCAGGGCCUGGUGACCUACUGUCCGCGGUGCUGGUUAAAGCUGGGGCGCUUCCUUCUUUGGGGAAGUUUUGAAAAAGAUACUAUGGGAGUCAGCUUAAACGAGCGUUGGAUUUUGUUAUUUCACAAGAUGUUUGGCGACGGUUCCUUGCAAUGAUACACUGUUCUUCAGCUCUCUGGGGAUUACAAAACGUGGAUUUGCUUUCACACAAAAGGCAUCCAUUGACAAUGAGAUUUUAAAGAGCAACAAACACAAAGAGAGCUUGAAUAAACACUGACCAAAGGAUACACAAACUGAUUCUACUUCUACAUGUAUUAAUAUUUAUGAAACAUGUGCUGUGAGCACAUAACAUAGAGCCACUACAGAAUGUUAUUACUCGAAAAUCUUAGGUGUGCAAUCUUUUUUUUUUUAUCAAAGUAAUUUGCAUGAAGGAAAACAUCUUAACAGUAUUAUAUGCAUUAUUAGAGCACUCUGUGUGUAUGACUGACCUUUAACAUUUUCCCACAGUUUAUUACUAGACAAAAACAUUUUGAAUAGUUUGCUGUUCUUAUCUAUUACACAAGCUAGCUGUUACACAAGCUGAGUGUUUUAAAAAAGAUUGGAUGUUUAUGGUUAAUAUUCUGUGGAUCGGUUUACAUGGCAGAAUGUAAGAUGAGGUUGGUGCAUUAUGAAUGUGUUGAAAUUUUGAUUGUUCUUUUCAAUAGUACUUGUUAACUGACAUAAAACUGCCAUAAGAUUUAAAGUGUGACUAUAAUAUGUUAGUGUGAAGAAGAACAGGCAUCUUAUUUUGAGGUUGCCUUGUCGGAGCAGCUUUUAUUUGCAUGUAACCACUAGAGGGAGGUGUGACUUCACAUUGAAAUCAACUGCCCCACAGAGCAACAGUGAAAGAGCAAUGCACACACAUUUAGUCUGAAUGCAGUCCGAGCACUAUUAUUUAGUCACUUGGUAGAUGCAUCAUAGUAGAUUCGUAGUAAAUGGUUUAAUAAAAAAUUAAUGAUCAAUGGCGUAAAUCUUUGAGGCAUAAUGCAUUAUACUAAUCAGGGCUGUGCAUGCAAGUACUAGUUUAGAUCAUAAAGGUAUUAUCGGAUAUUAAGCUUAGUUGACGGCAUUGGUUGAAUGAAUUUUGACAUAAUUUUGAGCAAAUCUGGGUUACAAUAAGGCACUUAAAAUGGGAAAAUGAAUUGGGCUAAUCCAUAAAUGUAAAAAAUGUAGGGAUUAUUAUAGUAUAACCACAGGACAUAAACAAUGAGCAUUGUUAUCAGUUUUCCCCUCUACUACUC